GGACCUCGACGAUGUCCUUUUCGACGCCGUUCACGCAGGAGCAGUCCUUCGAGGACGAGGCGUGCGACGGGUGCCCAAAGCUCACGUACCAGCAGCGCAUCAUCGGGUUCUGCGCCUGCUGCGGCUUCGGCUACCUGCUGAGCUUCAUGGGGACGAUGAUGCUCGCCGUCGGCGGGCCCGACGCGGAGACGAUCCGCAACUUCGCGACGUUGUACAUCGUCGGCAACUUCAUCGCGAUCGCCGCGACGCUCUUCCUCCUGGGCCCCCGGAGCCAGUGCAAGAAGAUGUUCGACAAGACGCGGCGGUUCUCGACGAUCUUCUGGCUCCUCACCCUGAUCGUCACGUUCGCCGUCGCCGUCGCGGGCGUCAACGUCGGCGUCGUCGUCAUGCUCAUCUUCGUCCAGAUCGGCGCGUCGAUCUGGUACAGCGCGUCCUACAUCCCCUACGGCCGCCGCAUGAUCGUCAAGAUCUUCCAGUCGACGUGCUGCUCGCCCUGCCCCCAGGUCUGCGACCCGUGCAUCAAGAUCGCCACGUAGCGCGGGCGUAACGAACCGCCGCGUU